GGUCUUCUGAUAUUGUCACUCCGAGGUAAGGGUUUUCUGGGACUUGUUGAAGGAUGUGGUUUUCGAGUUGGUAAAAUUUUGAGGUUUUCUGGUUUAUGGUUAGGAUGUAGCAUUUUUUGGCGUUGAAUCGCAUGCCCCAUGUGUUAGCCCAGGUUUCUAGUUUGUUCAGGUCUUGUUGUAAAAUUUCAUGGUCAUGGCGACUUCUGAUGGGUCGAUAAAGUAGGCAGUCGUCUGCAAAUAGGCGGACCGAUGACUUAACUGAAUCGGGUAGGUCAUUAAUGUGGCAGAGGAAAAGCAGAGGGCCAAGGACUGUGCCCUGUGGAACACCGGAGUCGACAGUUACCGGGUUUGAUUUCUCUCCCUCCACAACAACAUUCAUGCUCCUGUCUGUAAGGAAGUCCUCGAGCCAGUGAUUUAUGCUACCAGUGACGCCAUACUGCUUCAGUUUAUGCAGGAGCUUUUUAUGUGGAAAAAAUUAUUUCGGAUUUGUGUAGUUUGAAAUUUUGCAAUAUCUGCUCUUGACUGAGUUAAAGUUUAUAAGUUGUUAAUUCAAAUAUUGUUGAUAUUAUCAUCCCGUGUGACUGUUCAAUCUUCUGCACUGAAAUAAAUUGUGGGUUAUGUGUUUGUGCUUAAUAGCAGUCUGCAAAACUUAAAUUUUUUGUCUUCAUAGCCAAACUAUGAAAAUGUCAUAGCCAGAGGAAAAUUUCAUAGCCAGAAAAAUUAAUUUAUAGUAACAUUAUCAUGAAAGAACGACAACAGUUGUUAUAUAUAAAUUGCAAUUGGGGGGAAAGAUUGUAAACAAAUCAGUAUUCCAGGUUUCAAACUUUUAUUCCAUCACAUCUGAUACGGAGAGUUUUUUUUACAAUAUUUUGCAAUGUUAUUUUCAUAAUUAAUUAUUAUAAAUCAUUAUUCAGUAAUCAUUAUUAAAACAUUGUUACUGUUAUUUUGUUAUUUCCAAGCUAUUAAUAAAAACAUUCAACCUUUUAACUUAAUUUAUAAAAACCCUCGCACUCUUAUUUCAUUUAUCGGCAUAGAAUGCAAGUUCAGUUUACCAAAAGUAUUACGAAAUUUUAAAUACGAGAGCCAGACUUUACACUCUAUAACAUCUAAGGCAGAUCACUAAUGAUAGAAAACGAAGAGAAGUAAUCAAGCGUUGUCACUGUUAAAAUUUACACCUGAAAUGCGUAAAUUGAUUAUUAAUUGGUUUAUUUGCUCUGAUUUUUUUUCAUCGCAAUUCAGGCAAUCUAUAUUUAAUUUUUCUAUCGCCAGAGCCAAGAUUUCACCGCAUUGGCGAUCAGGCUAUGGGUUAAUUUUGUAGACUGUAAUUGUCCGAUUUAAAAUUUAAUUUUGAGCCAAAGUAGGUUAAAUUCGCCUGGGCUGUUAGGGCAUUUGCCAAAGAAAUAAUUUUAAUCCAAAUAGACCAGUGCACAGUGGCCAUGAGACCUUAUAAUGUGCUCAAUUUCAAGACAAUGCAUGUCUGGUGUCCCCACUCUUUAGAGCACAAGGCUACUUCGCCAAGGGUGUGCUGAUAAUCUUUAUGACUGCUCUUGACAUCACCAGCUAUUGACCAGGAUCCCAGAAUGGUUUCUCCAGUAUGUUAAGCACAUUGAGUACCACUGGCCUGUGACACUUUGAUUUUCUUUAAAAGACCACCCUCUCAAAGUUCUUGUCAUCAUCUACUUCUCCAGGUCCGCCCCAUCCAGCCCCUACGCUGCCUGAAGCUUCUCCCUCCCUCUUUCGAUGAUGUUGUAAGCGGUAAAGACCGCUAUCCAACUAUGAACCUUUAGCAUUCCUUUUGGUUAUUUUGGCGUGAUUCAACCCUUUAGUAUUAUAUAUUAAAUAUUGUGAAUUCAUGGAAUGAUACAAAUGGAGGUGGGGGCGGAGGCUGGGGGGAUCUCCGACACAUAUGUUAUUUCUGGAAACGAGUUGGCAGUUGGAAAUAUUGACGGUACGCUGGCCAUAUUUAAAGGAAGAGGGCACAAGCCAUGGAGAAAAUGUUCAGAUCUUGGAAUGAUCACUUGCAUCACUGUUGGAGACAUAUACAGUACAGGAAAAAAUCAGCUGCUCUGUCUCACAGCUGAGGGAUGGCUGUAUGUGUUUGAUGUCAAGGUCGACUAUCAGAAUGAACCGGGUCACGAGAGUCAUGAUGAUGAUGAGAAGGGAGACAAUCUGAUGCCAACCUUCAAGCAGCACCUGCCACCAAAUGGCAAGGUCAUGCAGGCAGCAGAUAUAGACUCAGAUGGGAAGGUAGAGCUUGCCAUCGGGUACUCUGAUCGAGUGAUCCGCCUGUACAAGUGGCAGUGUGGCCUCAGCGAGAUGGAUGGGGAGACAGGGGGCUUCAUGAUACAGAUCAACAAGUGGCAGCUGGCAGGACAGAUUGGCUCAAUAACAGUGAGUCGUAACAAGGCAGGGCUCAAUGAGUUGAUGGCGUCCCAGCCAGGGGGCACAUACGUGAAACUGGUCAUGGACCCCAGCGACCAACAGGAGCAUGAUGGACUCAGUGAGAGUGUGCCUGCCAACCUGAUCUAUGACCCACUGAUGCUGAGUGAGAUCAGGAACAGCAACAUUUCCACAGAGAUAAUUGGUAACAUCAGGAAAUGUCCAGGGUCUGCCUCAGAGAAAGAGACCGAUGUGCUGUUUGCUCUUUGCACUCUUGAUGGUACCUUGGUGCUGGUAGACAGUGAAGGCAUCAUACAGUGGUCACUGCAGGUUGACCAUCAGCUGUUCUCCCUCAACAAGCUGGACGUUACUGGUAAUGGCAAGGAGGAGGUGGUCUGCUGUUCCUGGGAUGGACAGACAUACAUCGUGAACCACAGUCGGGAAGCCGUCAGAUAUCAGUUUGAGGAAAAUGUGGCUGCAUUCACUGCCGGUUACUUUGCAGUGAACACAACAGACAACGUGCCAUGCUUCGUGUACGCCACCUUCAACAACCGUAUCUACAUUUACUACAACAUCCAGCUGCCUCAGGUAGAGUCCACCAACCUGAUAGAGGUUAUGGACAAGCGCGAGGAGACGCGAAGGCUCUUGGACAGGCUCAAACUUGGAUCCCCUCGGAACAGAGACCUCCAGGAGUUGUAUCGGUGGUGUCUCUAUGGAUGGAAGGACAAGUCAUGAGCUCACAAUAGAUUGCAGACUAAGGACAGGGUGCCUAAAUUCACUCACUUGCUUACCAUGGCGAAUGAACAAUGCGGUGAAGGGAGCUAUUGCUAGUAAAGUUGGCAAGAGUCAUAUCAGUAUGUUAACCGUAAAGUGCCAUAAAAAGAUAUGUCACCUCGUCGACGCCUUUGUCUUUGUUCUUAAUUGAAAACUUCGAAAAAAGCAAAAUGUUUGCACUUAAAGUGCAAAAAUAGUAAAGUAUUUAUUACAAGCUAUUACCAGGAGUGUAAAUAUAUAACUAUACAAAGGCAAUCAAGCAAAUAUAUGAGGCUCAUUAUUUUUGGCAGUAUUUACACUUUCAUGAGUCAUUCAAUGACCAUACAAAGGUACUCAACAGCUUAAGAACAACCAUUGUGUACGUAUACAUGCAUGCAAACAACCGCCUCUGCAUUUUAUGUUAAACAAAAAUACAUAUCAGGUAUUUUUGUUUCUUGUAAUGUAUAACAUUACACACAAAAAAGAUAUUAAGAAUAUAGAAUUAAACAAAAAAAUGAAUUGAUGUACUUAAAAGUGCACAUCAAAACUUUUAAUUUAUGUUUCAUAGCAUGAUUUUGUAGGGUUGAGUAAAGAUUGCUUAAAAGCCAGUUAGGAUUUGCAAUGGCAUGUAGCAUUUUUUUAGCUCACCUGAGCACAACGUGCUCAUGGUGAGCUUUUGUGAUCGCUUUUUGUCCGACGUUCGUUGUGCGUUGUGCGGUUCAACAAUUGCCUUGUUAACUCUCUAGUGGCCACAUUUAUUGUCCAAUCUUCAUGAAAUGUGGUCAGAAGAUUGGUUUCAAUGAUAUCUUGGAUGAGUUCGAAAAUGGUUACGUUUGCUUGAAAAACAUGGCCGCCAAGGGGCGGGGCAUUUUUCCUUAUAUUGCUAUAUAAGGCUAUAGUAAAAUCUUGUUAACACUCUAGAGGCCACAUUUAUUGUCCAAUCUUCAUGAAAUUUGGUCAGAAGAUUCAUCCCAAUAAUAUCUUGGACGAGUUAGAAAAUGAUGCCGGUUGGUUGAAAAACAUUGCCACCAGGGGGCGGGGCAUUUUUCCUUAUAUUGCUUUAGUAAAACCUUGUUAACAAUCUAGAGGCCACAUUUAUUGUCCAAUCUUGAUGAAAUAUGGUCAGUAGAUUUGUCUUAAUGAUAUCUUGGAUGAGUUCGAAAAUGGUUACGUUUGCUUGAAAAACAUGGCCGCCAAAGGGCGGGGCAUUUUUCCUUAUAUGGCUAUAUAAGGCUAUAGUUAAAUCUUGUUAACACUCUAGAAGCCACAUUAAUAGUCCGAUCUUCAUGAAACUUGGUCAGAAGAUUCAUCUUAAUAAUAUCUUGGACGAGUUCCAAAUGAUGCCGGUUGGUUGAAAACAUGGCUACGACGGGGGGCGGGGCUAUUUUCCUUAUAUGGCUAUAAUAAAACCUUGUUAACACUCUAGAGGUCACAUUUAUUUUCCGAUCAUCAUGAAACUUGGUCAGAAGAUUUUUCCCAAUGAUAUCUUGGAUGUGUUCGAAAAUGGUUUUGGUUGCUUUAAAAACAUGGCCACCAGGGGCGGGGCAUUUUUUUUUUAUGGCUAUAUAUGGCUAUAGUAAAACCUUGUUAACACUCUAGAGGCCACAUUUAUUGUCCAAUCUUCAUGAAAUUUGGUCAGAAGAUUGGUCUCAAUGAUAUCUUGGAUGAGUUCGAAAAUAAUUAUGUUUGCUUGAAAAAAAUGGCUUCCAAGGGGCGGGGCAUUUUUUCUCAUAUGGCUAUAGUAAAAUCUUGUUCACACUCUAGAGGCCACAUUUACUGUCCGAUCUUCAUGAAACUUGGUCAGAAGAUUCAUCCCUAUAAUAUCUUGGACGAGUUCAAAAAUGAUGUCGGUUGAUUGAAAAACAUGGCUGCCAGGGGGCGAGGCAUUUUUCCUUAUAUGGCUAUAGUAAAACCUUGUUAACACUCUAGAGGCCACUUUUAUUUUCCGAUCUUUGUGAAACUUGGUCAGAAGAUUUGUCCCAAUAAUAUCUUGUUAUCUCAGGUGAGCGACUUUGGGCCUAUAAGGCCCUCUUGUUUUUUAUCACCUUUGGUAGAGAAAAAGAGAAAAGAACUCCGGCAUGACUGAUAUUAGUUCAAUAUGUGGAUUAGUGUCAGAUGAUGGUUGAAGGGAAUAUUAACAAUAAAUAAUAAGCCUUUGUGUUUUCAAGAUUUGGAAAUCUUAACUCAUUCCCAUUAUAAUAUAGACAGCUUUCAAAUUAAAUGCAACUCCAAUGUGAAGACUAAUAGGCUUGGUAUAUAUGCUUUUUAGUCUCCGUAUGACUGCUUAGAUUGACAGUUAUGGUUGUUUUAUUUUCACAUUGAAAUGAUCACAUCGCUUUGCAGUCAUCAGAAAGCCUUAAAACAUUGAUGUGAUCUUUAGAUGCCCCAAAACACAAGCAAAUGUAAAAUGAUUUUCUGUACUUAAGAUUACAAAUCCAGCGUUAAGCUGUGUAAUAUAUUGCAUAUUGUGUAUUGAACGAAAAAGAUGUACAUGUUAAUGAUGUAAUGUUAAAGUGUUCAUUAAAAAGAUGUAUUGUAAACACAAUGUUAAUUUACAUUAGCUUGAAAAGUAUUGUUGGUCAAAUGAUAUUGUGAUUUUUGCUCAGCCUAUACCUGUGCUGUACCUGCAAAUCAUGAUUUCAGCCAGUCAAUUUAUUAUUUUUGCAUUAUUAAUAAUAUAACUUGUUAAUUUUUUAUUUUUGUUUUGAAUGUUGUUGAUAUUUGUAAACUAGGCACUUUUUUCACUAAUAAAGCCAUUUAUUAUUUUUGCAGUUCGAUAGUUUAUUUCUCAUUCUCUUGACCUAAUGCCUGUGGUAAUUGAUACAAAUCGGUGCUUAUAAAAAGAAGAAAAUCAUGUAGCAGUAUAUACUGUAUACAGAAUCAUACUUCCAACUCAUAUCUAAUUACUGUAAAUAUAAACGCUUACGUUUUAUAUUUUUUACACAUGCAUUGUGAAUUUUUGAUACAAAUAGUUUUGUUUUGAUUUGUAGCAUUUGAGACCUGUAUACAUGUAUGCAUUGAAGACCAUAAUACAUGUAUGUAUUGGAGACCAGUAUACAUUUAUGCAUUGGAGACCAGUAUACAUGUAUGUAUUGGAGACCAGUAUACAUUUAUGCAUUGGAGACCAGUAUACAUGUAUGUAUUGGAGACCAGUAUACAUGUAUGUAUUGGAAACCAGUAUGCAUUGGAGACCAGUAUACAUGUAUGAAUUGGAGACCAGUUUACAUGUAUGUAUUGGAUACCAGUAUACAUUUAUGCAUUGGAGACCAUAAUACAUGUAUGCAAUGGAGACCAGUAUUCAUUGGAGACCAGUAUACAUGUAUGAAUUGGAGACCAGUAUACAUGUAUGUAUUGGAUACCAGUAUACAUGUAUGCAUUGGAGAUCAUAAUACAUGUAUGCAUUGGAGACCAGUAUCCUUUAGAUACCAGUAUACAUGUAUGCAUUGAAGACCAUAAUACAUGUAUGCAUUGGAGACCAGUAUACAUGUAUGUAUUGGAUACCAGUAUACAUGUAUGUAUUGGAGACCAGUAUACAUGUAUGCAUUGGAGACCAUAAUACAUGUAUGCAUUGGAGACCAGUAUCCAUUGGAGACCAGUAUACAUGUAUGAAUUGGAGACCAGUAUACAUCUAUGUAUUGGAUACCAGUAUACAUGUAUGCAUUGGAGACCAUAAUACAUGUAUGCAUUGGAGACCAGUAUCCAUUGGUUGGAGACCAGUAUACAUGUAUGUAUUGGAGACCAGUAUACAUGUAUGUAUUGGACACCAUAAUACAUGUAUGCAUUUGAGACCAGUAUCCAUUGGAGACCAGUAUACAUGUAUGAAUUGGAGACCAGUAUACAUGUAUGUAUUGGAGACCAGUAUCAAUUGGAGACCAGUAUACAUGUAUGAAUUGGAGACCAGUAUAUAUGUAUGUAUUAGAUACCAGUAUACAUGUAUGCAUUGGAGGCCAUAAUACAUGUAUGCAUUGGAGACCAGUAUCCAUUGGAGACCAGUAUACAUGUAUGAAUUGGAGACCAGCAUUCAUGUAUAUAUUGGAGACCAGUAUACAUGUAUGUAUUGGAGACUAGUAUAUAUGCAUGUAUUGGAUACCAGUAUACAUGUAUGCAUUGGAGACCAGUAUACAUGUAUGUAUGGUAGACCAGUAUGCAUUGAAGACCAGUAUACAUGUAUGUUUAUGAUAUAUCUAUGAAUUAGAGACCAUAAUAUAUGUAUAUGUAUGCAGACCGGUUGUAACUGUUUCCUUGAGAGAACCGUCCCAGUUUGUUUGAUUUCUGCAGUAACAAACGACAUUAUUUUAUUUGACACAAUUUUUAAAAUAUCAUCUUUCCUUAAAGUGUAAGCAGAAAAUAAACCGAAGCAAGAUUUGUUUUGAAAGUGA